AUGCCAAAUCCUGUGAAGAUCUGCUACAAACCAGUAAACCACACUGGAAAACAGUGUGAGUUACCCACUGAAACUGAACCCCACACAGUAUGGCCCGACGACCGCAUUCCCAGCGACGACGCCACCACCCAAGCCCCGCCCCCGGGACGCGGACGCCGGACGCAGCGCCGCCACGCCCACGGCCCGCCCCCGACGCUUCUCCCGGCGCACACCACUCCUGGCUCCGCCCCUAUGCGGCCGCCGUAUAAGGUAGCACCAUCCUCGGCCCCGCCCCGGCGACGGCUAAACCGGACGCAGCGCCUCCUUUGCCCAGGACCGACGCCUCAGCCGCAGCCGGACGAAGCACCGCCUACGGCACCGCCCCCUGCACGCCUCAGCCCAAACCCCGCCCCCAAGACGCCUCCACAAACAGCCCCUCCCCCUCCCAAGCCCCGCUAUGUCGCCGGACACAGCACCUCCCCGCCCCGGCACCAUCCCUAUGACGCCACCGAUUGUAGCACCGCUUCCCCUGCCCCCGCACCGCCUCCGGAAGCAGGCCCUUUUCCGUCCAGCAGACCCCUCGUAAACCACGUGGUGGGGGCGGUGCCAGAGCGCGCAGGCGCAGUACCCCCACGCCCCGCCCCUCUUCCCGCGGGCUAG